UGGGGGGAUUCGACACAACCUAGAGGCCAUGUGUGGUACUGAAUAUUUCCUAAACGUGAAAAUACCGAUCCAUCGACGGUUUGUCAACUCAGUGCUAGAACUGCUUGAAUGUAGGUUGGAACGGACCAUCUGCAUGGGCUCUAUCUCUCAUCAACCCAGCGGCAAGACAAGGAUCCAAGAAUGGUUUUAGUGCAUGUCGGAUAUCUGGUUCUUCCUGUAUUUGGCUCAGUAAGAAAUAGAGGAUCCCACUUUAACCGGCAGCAGCAGCAGCAUAGCCAUGCUACCUCUUGCCGGCACUUCCAGCUAGGCCCCCAGGCCCAGCUGCCCAUUGACUUCCCAAUGCCCCACCCAGGUCAGCCCCAGUCGGGCAUCAACCCCCACCUGGCUCCCCCUGGCCAUCAGCAUUCUCACCAGCUCCACCUGCCCCUACCCCCCACACACCAGUUCCAGGACAUUUCUGCCCCCCCUUUCCUACCUCAGGCCUUACACCAGCAGUACCUCCUCCAGCAGCAGAUCCUAGAGACCCAGCACCGGCGCAUCAUGCCACCUUCCAGCAGACACCAGCCCCACAGACUGCGGCCGGGUUACGAGUUGGCUCCCGCCCUCCACAUCCCCCCACAGCCUGCGGCCCAGCAGCCUCGCUACCUGGCUGAAGGCACAGACUGGGAUUUGAGUGUGGACGCGGGGCUCCCUCCUCCUCAGUACCACGUCCGCCCACUGCCCCAGCACUACCAUCACUACCUGACAUCUCCCAGGAUGCAUCACUUCCCCAGGAACAAUGCCUCCACCCAAGUGGUUGUCCAUGAGAUCAGAAACUACCCGUAUCCUCAGUUACACCUGCUGGCCCUGCAGGGUCUCAACCCCUCCCGCCACGCAUCAGCUGUGAGAGAGAGCUAUGAGGAGCUACUGCAGCUGGAGGACAGGUUGGGCAGUGUGAACCGAGGGGCUGUCCAGACCACUAUUGAAAGGUUUACCUACCCUCACAAAUACAAGAAGAGGAUACCUCAGGACCUGAAGCUCGGGCUGGUGGAUGAGGAACUGGAUACAGAUGAGAAGUGUACCAUCUGUCUAUCAAUGCUGGAGGAUGGAGAGGAUGUCAGGAGAUUACCCUGCAUGCACCUCUUCCACCAGGCGUGUGUGGACCAGUGGCUGGCCACUAGUAGGAAAUGCCCCAUAUGCAGGGUGGACAUUGAGACCCAGCUGGCACCAGACAGCUGAUGCCUCCUUUCCCUGCCCCCAUCUUGUAAAACCCCACCUCAUCCCUAGGGGGAACUCUGCCAAACGUCCCCCUUCCCAUCUGCAUCACAUAUGAGCCUGCCUUCUGAGCCAGCUGAGGAAGACAAUGAGUGGGAUAGGAGGUGAGAGGGAUUAACAAAGCACACUGAUCCAAACAAUAGAGAAACAAAAGAGGCCGAUGGAUGGAUGGAUAGAUGAAGAAGAGAGGCAGAAGGGUGCCAGAAUGUAUGGACAGAUUUACAGGGCCUUGAUGAGUCUCCAUCAGGGUUUUGCACCGUAGCAUUAGCUUCUCCGUACACUCAGAGAUGUGAUCCUCCAUUAAACCACCUAGCGAGCAUGUGUGUUGUGUUGUUGGGUUUGUAUAUGUGUACUGGUCUCACUCCCUCUUGAUGAAACCCAAAAUGCUGAGCUCUAGCUACAGCACAUCUGUGCGAAAUAUGACAAGAUAUGAAAUCAGCAGUGGGCUGUUUCUUGAAAUGAGCUUCUGUGGCCUAAUACAUAUGGUGUAAUGGAGUGUAGUAGUCUUGUUAUUGAUCACCAGUAUUUAACAGGGUGACAGUGUGGUGUAGCAAGCAAAAAUCCCACUUUAAGAAAUAAGGUGGGAAAAAAUACAAAAUGGGGAAAUAGUCUUCUUUAAAAGAGGGUAAUAGGCAUACAAGCAGCCUUUAGGCAAUGAGGAAGUGCUAGCUAUGUACAAAGGCCAAUCAAUAGGUGGAUUUCCAGUACAGUAGAUCUCUGCUAUCACAGUGGAUGCUAGAGAUGCUAACCAGGCAUGGCUUCAGUGGUUUGUAUUGUGCUGUAUUGGGGCCUCUAUACUCUAGAAUUGAGGCCACAGAUAUGCAUGCUGUAUGGCAGGCUUGAGCUGUCUUGUGGUUGUGGAGCAGUAGGAAGUCUGCGCAGGAUGACGUUUAUUGUCAUGAGUCUUGUCCUGGAGGCAGAACUCCGCUAGACAGAACAGCUGCAAAGUCAGAAUUGGCUACAUUGUAAAAAUUCAUUAAAACAAUUUUAGGUUAGGAUUAGCAGUGUGGUUAGGUUUAAAAUCAGAUUCUAUGACUUUGUGGCUGUGCCAGCUAGUGACCACACUGCAUAGUGGCCUCCAGAACAACAUUCAUACCGGGGGAAAAACGGAAAAGUCUGCAGUAUCUCUGCAUGUGAACCAUACACUGUAUGACUCUCUCCCUCAUCCAUGGAGCAGGAUGAAGUUUCCCUUAGAUGCUGAUCUUAGGUCAGUGUUGCAUCUCCCCUCCUAAUAAUUAAAAUUAGAAUUGGUGGAGAGGAACGCUGAUUAUAGAACUGUGCCUAUGGGCAACUUCUACUCACAGCCUCAUCCAUAGCACGAUUUUUAAGGCUGGCAUUGGCUGGAGGAUGCAGUGUCUGUGUAUUGUCUUUAGAGUGAAUACAAUGUAGUUAUUUUCUAAUAUACACUACCACUUAGAAAUGUCCUUGUUUUUGAAAGAAAAGCAAAAAAAAUGUCCAUUAAAAUAGCAUAAAAUUGAUCAGAAAUAC